CGAACGCAUGUGGUUUUAUGAGUUUCGUGUGUUCUUUAUACAAUUUCUUCAGUGAAUCAACAUACUUGAACUAAUAUUACUAUCAAACAACCAAUUAAAUUAGAAAAAGCAAAAUGCUCCUCGCCGACAAACCGUUCCGGACAACAAAUGAUUCCGUGGAAAACAACGAUUCCAAAAUGCAAGCUUCCGAUGGAUCAGAUGAUGAUUUUGCUAGUGAAAGUGAUGAAUCCGGGUUUUCCGAAGAGGAAGAUUCCGACGAUGCGCUACGAGAAUUGUUCCUGCAGAAUAAACUAAAGCCGGGUCUGAACGUAAUCCAGAAGGUAACACACGCACCAGUCAACGACCAGGAAAAGCUACAGGCUGCCUUAGAGAUGAUCAAAUUGAAAGCCCCUUGGAUAGAACGGAUGGAUCUGGUAAACGACCUAGCUCCACUCACCCCGGAGCUGGCCAUUCAGAUAGAAAAGCAUGAGCAGAAGCGUGAAAACCAGUUCAAAGGCAAUCGCAAAAUCCCGUACGUUGCGCCCGAGCUUGAUCCGGUACUGAACGACUUCAAGCGCGAGAUCAUGUUCCACCGACAGGCACAGGCGGCCACGAUCGAGGGCAUCCGGCGUCUACACGAGCUGGGUGUGACGACGAAGCGCCCGAAUGACUACUUUGCCGAAAUGGCCAAAUCGGACGAACACAUGAAGCGCAUCACCAAGGUGCUACAGGACAAACAGGAGGGUAUUGCCAAGUCGGAGCGGAUCAGGCAAUUGCGCGAACAGCGUCGAAUUGGCAAGCUGAUUCAGCGACAGGCGACCGAAAAGCGUGAUGAAGAGCGCCGUAAGAUGCUGAGCGAUGUGAAAAAGUUCCGCAAGGGUAAGCUGGCCAAUCUUGACUUCUUGGACGGGGACGGGGACGAUGACGAGGGUCCGCGUGGGGAUUUCCGCAAGUCUGGUAAGCCGAAGCCCAGCAAGAAACAAGCCGCUAAGAUAUCAAGCGGUAAACGUAAGGCGCGCGAUGCGAAGUUUGGUUUCGGUGGGCGGAAAAAGGGGAUGAAGCGCAACACACGGGAUUCGUGCAUGGAUGAUGGGCGUAAAAAACGUCCCGCUGGUGGAAAAGGUGGGGCGGCGAAGAAUCGACCUGGAAAGUCACGACGAUCGCAAGGUAAAAAUCAAAGGAAGAAGUAAUUACCAUUAAUCAACAGUUAUUUUGGAAUGAUCAUUUGUUGUCUAAAAUAAAGAGUUAAGGAAUCGUCACCGAACUUAAACAACCUUAUCAAUAAACUUCGGAAGAAA